AUGGCGUGUCAGCCGGGGCUGAGGGGCUGUGAACGGCUCGGCGGGGUCUGGCUGCUCCUCCGUGGGGAGAAAGAGGUUGCGGCCGGGGCCCCGGCCGUGACUUCCUGCUCCCUGGAGGCGGCUAAACUAUACAAGUCUGUUAUUGAAGAUGUGAUUGAAGGUGUGCGGGAACUCUUUGAAGAGGCGGGUUUAGAGGAACAGGUUCUCCAAGACUUGAAGCAGCGUUGGGAAACCAAGGUGGUACAGUCUAAAGCAACAGAAGGCUUCUUCAAUAGCCACCAUUCUCAAGGGCUUACCAUGCAGUUGCCACAGAAUCUUCACUGUGUUCUGCAGGCUUCAACAGCUUCUUUUGUCAUCCCGGCUGCCAAAGGUUUUCAGCAUUUUACAGCAGUAGACCCAGGUGCUUCACGAGCAGGUGUAACUCUUACUCACCCUUCGGGUAUUGCUUAUCCUGUACAUGUACCAGCUGGAGUGAUGCUACAGACAGCAUCUGGGCACCUUUAUAAGGUAAAUGUGCCUGUUCUGGUCACGCAGACCACAGGAAAUGUGAGUAUUCUCCAUCAUCCUGUUCAGCAGAUAUAUCAGCCCCUUGGGCAACCUUCAGUUCUGCCAGCCAAUGUUGCCAGUGUUGCACAGGUGAGUGAUAUCACCUGUGAAAAAUGCACAGCAUCUUCUGCUGAAAUAUUGCAGCCCCAGGACACUGCUGUCCAGCGCACCAUGGUUUUUCAACCAAAUGUCAUGGAAAAAGCUAAUCCGGAGGACUCUGCCAAUACGCCUGUAGUCCAGCAUCCCUCUGUGAGUCAGCAGCAGCUUCCAACUGAUGCAGCAUUAAAUCAGAGUGCAGACUCAACAGAAAAAUCCCAGCAUGGGAGUUCUCACACAGCUGUGUUUACUCCAGAAUCCUCCAAAGGGUUUUCUCCUGCUAAAUCCCUGGCAAACAACUCGAGCAGUGUGCCAUUGGAUGUGAAGGAGCAGUUAGAUAUUCAACUUCAGGAGUCAGUGCACCAGCAGGUGUCUGAUGAUAUCAUUGACCUGAUUAUCAUGGGCAGUGGUCUGGAUAAUGCCCCUGUUCUGAAAGAUCAGGACAGAAUUGCUUCCUCUGACAAGGUGGAAUCUACUGUGCAGAUGGAAUCUAAUUUACGAUCAAAGAAGGAUAUCUGGAGUGACAUUGAAGGCAUAAUUCAGCUAGAUGGUACUGGUGAUGCUUCUCCCAAGAAAGAAAUACCACAUACAAAAGCUAGGGAGGAGGACAAAUUUAUUACUGUUGUUGAAUCAGAGGGUCUAAAAGUUCUGAAUGAUGAGGAUGAUGAAGAAUGUGGCAGGACUUCAGACACAGAGUCUAACAGCAGUGGCAGUGAUAAUGAAGAGCCCCAAAUAGAUAUAGUUGAGGAGGAUCCCUUAAAUUCUGGUGAUGAUAUCAGUGAACAGGACAUUUCAGACUCGCUUGACACCAACAAUCUGAUAGUUUGUCAGUAUGACAAGAUACAUCGAAGUAAGAACAGAUGGAAGUUCUUCUUAAAACAUGGAGUGAUGUCCUUUGAUGGUAAAGACUACAUUUUUUCAAAAGCCAUUGGAGAUGCAGAGUGGUGAAACCUCACUGAAGUACGUACUUUAAAGCUGUAAAGCUCCCUUACAAGCCUUCUGUGAAACAACUCACCUUGUUUUGCCAUAAAAGAUAAAACCAACAAAACAACAAAUCUAUCAUAAAAAUAUGCAAAAAGUGUUGUUAAUACGUGCAAACUAAACCACAUUAUUCUUAGCUACUCAGUUAUCUUCACUGUUCUUUUCUGAUCAUUACAUUUCUACACAAGAAUUGUCAUUGGAAUAAGUAUCUUUAAAGACCAGAAUGCUGAAUCUGUUUGUAAUUCAAGAGGGUAGUGCAAUAGUAAGUGGAUAAAUGUAAGUAAAUACUUGUUCUAUUGGUUUUCUUUCCAUAUAUUUAAAAAAAGAGCUGAAGUAUGAGUUGAAAUGUAAAGAAAUAUGAAACUACACAGUUCUUGGUUAUACUGUGCCUUUCUUUUCAAAGGCUGCUGAGUUAGAGUAAGAGCAGCAUCUCUGUAAGUUUGAAACCUGUGGUUGUUUCAGCUGUGUACUUUUCUCUCCCUUUUCCUUCCUACUUUGCUUAUUUUGUUGUUGCUUUAUGUUUUUUUGACUUCACCUUAAAUACAGGUGGUUAAGAUUUAAGUCAGGAAAUGUGGGUGGAAGACCUUUGAGCUCUCAAUAUAUGAGAAUUGUUUAUUCUAUACCUUCUGUCUACUGAGAUGCAGUGAACAGUGAGAUUUAACAUUAAAAUGUGAUUUAUUUUCACUGUCAAUGCAAAAUUAUUUAAGUUUGCUUCUGUACAUAUCCACCACAUUCUGGGACUACAGACCAGUAA